AUGCGCCUGGAAAAAAUCUCCAUUCCCCAGCAGAUUGCAUGGACGGGGAUCCCCCAGGACAACAGUGCCAGAAAAGCUCGAACGGGGACCGCGUUAGCCAUGGAGGGAUUGAAAUAUUCUUGGUUUUGCCUUGGGAAAUACAAUGGACUAUGGAUGCAUUUCAGCAGUCAACAAAGAAUGGAACCAGAUAGUCAAGACAAUGGAGCCCCCAGUCAUGUUUCAGAUGAAGGCAGUGUUGGAACGAGAUGUCCGUUGUGCUGUGAAGACGGAGGAUUUGGAUCUGUUGAAAUCUGGGCUUCAAAUGUUGGAAAACAAAGAAUCACCUCUAUACCUCAAGGAAAGAGGAAACCAGAGAUGGCCCCAUUUGCAGCAUGA